UGCAGGCCAUGUUUAUUCAGUACUUGGGGUGAUGACAGAGUAAUAAUUACUUGAACAAAAUGGCCCUCUCAUCGGCAGAUCGAAAGAGAAUGCGAGUAGUUGUGUUUCUUGGUUCUACAAGAGAAGGACGGAUGUGCACUAGGGUGGCAAAGUUUGUUACAGAGCAGUUUGAGAAAAGGAACUACGCUGUGGAAUUAUUUGACCCUGUAGUCUUGAAAUUUCCAGUGCUUGAAAAACCUAUGCACUUUUAUGAGGACAGCACCAAGAUACCCCAAUGGAUGCAAGAAUGUGCGACAAAAAUUAAGGAGUCCGAUGCCAUAGUUCUGCUGUCGUCUGAGUACAACUCGGUCAUUCCUCCAGCCCUCACCAACAUGCUUUGUCACUUCAGCCCUAGUUUGUUUACAUGCAAGCCUUGUGGGAUUGUGACAUAUUCCUUGGGAGUUUUUGGUGGGAUGAGAGUAACUAUGCAGCUGCGAGCUCUCCUGGGUGAUCUGGGAUCUUUAAGCAUUGGCAACACUUUCUGCAUACCAGAGGUGAAUAAAGCACUGGAUGAAAAUGGCAUCCCUCUGAACGACAACGUGGUUAGGAGCGCAGAGAAAAUGAUUUCCCAGUUGGAUUGGGUGACUCAGGCAUUGAAAAGUCACAAGGGCAACUUUGGCUUACCUUAUUAAAUUGACCGACUCCUGUCAACAUUACCUGAGUAAACUGAUUUUUAAAAGUAUUUACCUCAAUAAAUUUAAUUGCUAUUGUGUUUAAAUAACUCAGCAAAUGUCACAUUAGUAUUAAAUUAUUAAAUUAAUCUUAAUAUUUCUUUACAUAUCUAAAUUAAGUUUUGUAUGUAUCAUUUUGAACAUACAAUACUCAAAACUACUAAAUGUUGGAGCUAAUUGUAAUAAUGAAUCUUAUGUAAUUAGUCUUUGAUUACUACUAUGUGUUACACUCUUGGAGGACCAUUGUUUCAUGUGAAUUAGUUCAUAUUGCAUUGAAAAACAUAAAAAUAAAGAGAAUACAUUAUUUAAAAAUAUAUUUGUAUUUUUUUUAAGUAAGUUUUUUUUUGUUUGACAUCACAGCAUACACUAUUUGAAAUCACACAAUGCAAUCAAAUUUCAGCUAUAUACAUGAACAUUAUAAAAAUUAGGUACAGUGAAUGGGUUGUAUAAAAUACUGCUAAUGACUUUAAUGAUACUGAGUGCAUAACUGGUUUUAAUCUUUGGAAUAAACAAAAAAUUGAUUCACCAUUGCAAGAUAUAUAUUCUACUUCAAAGAAGUUGUCAAUUAAACAAUUAUGUUAAUUAUGACAAAUUUUAUCAGAACCCAUUCAUAUUUUGUCUACAUUUGCAAUAUAAGCUCAU